AUGGCGGCUGCAGAACCCACCAAUGCCCCUGUGCUAGACAAGGAGGCCACCAAUGUUGACGCCUCUGCCUCCUCCAAUGGCACCAGCAAUGGCACCAACAGCACAGCUGCGCACCCCCAAAUGUCGCAUGAGGAGCACCAGGUAGCCCGUGCCGCUGCUCGUUUUGGCUACGGCCCUCUAGCCCAGGUCAACACGCACGAGACACGCCUGCCUGCCUUUGGUGGUGAAUUUCAGCCUGGUCUGUACCGCCCGGUGUCUGAUCGCAAGUUCGCCAAUCCUGCGCCUCUCGGUCUCAGCGCUUUCGCCCUGACCACUUUUGUGCUGGGCUGCAUCAACAUGGACACGCGCGGCAUUUCUAUGCCGAACAUCGUCGUUGGUCUCGCUUUUGGGUACGGCGGUCUCGUGCAGUUGCUGGCUGGCAUGUGGGAAAUGGCUGUCGGCAACACAUUUGGUGCCACCGCUUUAGCCUCCUAUGGCGGCUUUUGGAUCUCGUUUGCCAUCGUCUUCACUCCAGGCGGAUUCAACAUCGAAGACCAGCUUCUCAAUGCUGACAAUGGAAGCACGGAUAUGUUCUACAACUCGCUUGGUUUGUUCUUGAUGGGCUGGUUCAUCUUUACUACCGUGCUGCUGGUGUGCACCCUCCGCUCAACAAUCGCCUUCUUCUCGCUCUUCUUCUCCCUGGACCUGGCCUUUAUGCUGCUCGGUAUUGGCUACCUGGUGCGCACUGACGCUGGUGACCCCACCCCCAGCAUCAUCAAGGCGGGAGGCUUCUUUGCGCUGCUCGCUGCGUUCUUGGCCUGGUACAAUGCUUUGGCCGGUAUUGCGGACUCGAGCAACAGUUUCUUCAUCAUCCCCGUGGCUCACUUCCCGUGGUCCGAGAAGGGACGUGAGCGUCGGGCCAAGGUGGCGCGUGAGGUUGUGUAG